AUGGUGUCUGAAGAAAAUGGGGGCCCCGAAUAUGAUCAUUCGCACAAAGAUCUGACGCCAACUGUUUGUUCUAUCGAGGCCGAACAGUUGGCACAGGUCAUUCCAAACACCUUAAGGACCACCGACUCCAAAUCCGGAGCUGUUUGGCCAUUUUUGGUUUCCACAAGAGUGGCCUCGAACCCACAGUCUUCGACCGCCUCGCACAGUUUCUGUGCUGACCCCGUGUGUUUCACAACUGCCUGUUCCGUGAGCAACGACACCUGCACGUCCUGGACCCCAUGCACUGCCCUGAUUGCGUCUGUCACGGCGCCCACACAGGAGCUACAAGUCAUGCCCCCGAUGGUCAAAAUGGAUGUCUCGGUCGAUCCGGCAGCACCGUCGGCCGCACCGGACUGUUCUAUGGUGGCCCCAAACCCAGCCGAGUCCACGGCAUCAGCCAAUGCGUCUGCCGAGACGGUGGGCGAAUGGGUCACGAGGGCUUGUUCCGUCAACAGGGCCACCUUCACGUCGUCCACGCCGUCCAACUCACGCAGACUGGCCUCCACGGCCGACACUGGCCACCAGGGCGUACAGGAAAGUGGACCAGCAACCAACAUUGUAGCCGUUGACGAGCGUUGCAACGGCCCAUUCGGGAGCACUGUGGAUGUAGGUGGCACUGUGGAGAGCCUUAUCGAUGAUGUAGAGAGUCUCUUCUUUGGAGACGUUUUCCGGGGCGUGUUGGAACAAUCUGGUUUUCAGGAAGUGUCCGAGAUUCCACUGGAAUAG